AUGAUGGCAGCAUUUAACAGCAGUCAUGUCAGCCCUUCUUCAUUCAGCUUGCUGGGUAUCCCAGGCUUGGAAGCUGCAUAUUACUGGAUCUCCAUCCCUCUGUCCUCAAUGUACAUCGUGACUGUGCUGGGGAACUGCACCAUCCUCAUUACUAUCAAGAUGGAGCAAAGCCUCCACAAGCCCAUGUACCUUUUCCUUUGCAUGCUGGCUGUCAUUGACCUGGUGCUGUCCACCUCCACAGCGCCCAAAAUGCUGUGCAUAUUCUGGUUCAGAGCUGGCAGGAUUACCUUCAACGCCUGCCUGGUCCAGAUGUUCUUCAUCCAUGUCUUCUCUAUCAUGGAGUCAACCGUGCUGUUAGGCAUGGCCUUCGAUCGCUACGUAGCCAUUUGCAACCCCUUGAGGUAUGAAUCCAUCCUAACCAACACUGUAAUGGCCAAGAUUGGGGUGGCGGUGAUCCUCAGAGGCACGGUGUUUAUUGCCCCUAUAGCUCUGCUGGUUUCCCGGCUGCCCUAUUGCCGGACCAACGUCAUCAUUCACACCUACUGUGAGCACAUGGCGGUGGUGAAGUUGGCCUGUGCCGACAUCCUCAUCAAUAUUGUGUAUGGGUUGGUGGUAGCUCUGCUAGUGGUGGGUGUUGACCUGCUGUUCAUCACCCUGUCCUACUGCAUGAUCGCCCGGGCUGUCUUGGCUCUACCAUCCAAGGAUGCCCGCUACAAAGCUUUCAGCACCUGUGCUGCCCAUGUGGGGGUCAUCCUGGUUUCCUACACCCCAGCUCUGUUUUCCAUCCUGACACACAGGUUUGGUCACAACGUGGCUCCGCACGUUCACAUUCUCUUGGCCAACUUCUACCUCCUGUUCCCUCCCAUGUUGAACCCCAUCGUGUAUGGGGUCAAAACCAGAGAGAUUCGGGUAGGGGUGAGCCAUAUGCUGCAAGGCAAAAAGGGGAUCAGCUAA